AUGCUACAAGGAUUCCAAUCCGAGUUGGGCACCAUUUGUUCGGACAUGAAAAGGCUGCAACAACAGUCCAUUGAUAUUAGCCAACAGUUGCAAAAUCGACAGCAAGUACGAGGAGAAUUGAGUCAAUUUGUGGACGAUAUGGUUGUUCCAAAUAGUAUGAUACAAGCAAUUGUUGAGCGCGACGUUGGUGAUCGAGAAUUCCUGGAGCAACUUCAUGAGCUGCAACACAAAUUACAGUUUUUAAAAGCUCAGGAGUUUCGCGAUGCGAAGGCAGCAUGCGAUGUGCACGAUGUUGUCGAAAAUUUAAAACUUAAAGUGCGCGACGAAUAUAUGGAUGUGGUCAGUAAAAUGUUUUUCACUUAUUUCAAAACGUAUGCUUCUCGCCUGUUUCGC